CCCUAUUUCCAGUUUAACGACAAAAGCAGGAAGAAGAAGACAAAAAGUGUACGUAUAUAAUAUAUAUACAUGUAUACACUUUGGUAGAAGCAAACAAAAGCUGCCAAUUCGAAACCAAAAACAUUUGGACGAUUCUGCAGCUACUUGCUAUGCUAUGCACACGUAAACAUCUAUCCUUAUUCCGAUCUUUCUCUUGCUUUCUCCUUCCCAAAUCCUGAUAUGUUAAAAUUAUAAAUAUCCCUUUUAUUAUUUCCCUCUUCCAAUCAACCCAUCAUAAAAGUUUCAAUCUUUUCCAUAAAAAAAAAAAAAAAAAAAGCACUUUAAUUCCAAAUUCUAAUGGAAAAAACCCAGUACCAAGAGAAUAACCGGAGCCGUUUCGGAGUUGAUGAUCACGACGGCGGUGAUGAUGAGUUCAGGUACCUGAUCGUACGGCCGGAGAAGGGAGGGGUGAGGGACUUGUUCAGGUACUCGGUGUUGGCGGACGUGGAUAGUGGGGCCCGGUUUCUGGAAAGCUCAGACGAAGAGGCGGUGGGUGGAGUUGCAGAGGUUCACAGAUGGGUCAUUGUGGUGUCGAUAAUUGCUCGGAAAAUAAUUGGGUUUUUUGGGAAGCCGAUGGAGUGGACUGGCUACGUUGUGGACUUCAUCCUCAACCUCUUGUCUCUCAAUGGCGGCGUCUUUGGCUUGCUCACUGCACCGCUUCGUGGAACGGUGGUGGUGCCACAGAGGGGCACAGAGACUUUCAUAAGCACAACUGGACAUUUAGAUGGGAGGAUAGACCUCUACAGUGGCGAAAACUUAGCAGAAAAUGUAGUUGCUUCUCUUUCUGAAGGAAGCGGUAUAAAAGCUGAACUGGAUAACCGGGGUCUCAUGGAUCUCUGUAUGAUGGCUGCCAAGUUAGCGUACGAGAAUGCCCAAGUUGUUAGAUAUAUUGUGGUUGAUCAUUGGAAGAUGCAUUUUGUGGAUUUCUACAAUUGCUGGAAUGAUUUCCAAAAGCAGAUGUCCACCCAAGUGUUCAUACUUUGUGACAAGCCUAAAGAUGCAAACUUGAUAUUGAUCAGCUUCAGAGGCACAGAACCUUUUGAUGCCGAUGAUUGGAGUACCGAUUUUGACUACUCUUGGUAUGAAAUUCCUAAGUUGGGGAAAGUGCACAUGGGAUUCUUAGAAGCCUUAGGCUUGGGCGAUAGAACGAAUGCUGCAACCUUCUACAAUCAACUGAUAGCGAUACCCAACAAAUUCACUCCUGAAAGUGGUGUUGAUGGUAGCAAAAGAUCUUCCGAAGGUACCCAAGCAUUGCCCUCAGAUAUCAUGGAACAAGGUGGACGUGAUCCAUAUGACAAGGUAGUUCCACCGGACAUGGUGAAGAAGUCUGCAUACUAUGCUGUAAGAAGAAAGCUCAAAAGCUUACUAAAGGAGCACAAAAAUGCAAAAUUCGUGGUUACCGGACAUAGCCUAGGCGGCGCGCUUGCCAUACUGUUCCCAUCAGUGCUGGUGUUGCAUGAGGAGAUGGAGGUGAUGCAGAGGUUGCUUGGUGUGUACACAUUUGGGCAGCCCAGGGUUGGUAAUAGGAAACUGGGGAGGUACAUGGAAGCCCAUUUAAAUAAUCCGGUGCCAAAGUACUUCAGGGUUGUCUACUGCAACGAUCUUGUGCCCCGGUUGCCUUACGAUGACAAAACUUUCUUGUUUAAGCACUUUGGGGUGUGCCUUUACUAUGACAGCCUAUACAAUGAACAAAGAGUGGAGGAGGAGCCAAACCGUAACUACUUUGGAAUGAGAUAUCUGAUACCAGUAUAUCUCAAUGCUGUUUGGGAGCUAAUAAGAGGCUUAACAAUGGGCUACACAUGUGGACCCGAGUACAGAGAGGGUUGGUUCUCCAUUUUGCUAAGGAUCAUAGGACUUGUGGCUCCUGGUCUCUCUGCACAUUCCCCCACAAAUUACAUCAAUUCCGUGAGGCUUGGAAAGAACCGUGUUAUUCAGAUGUCCUCUUUUUAAGCAGAGAAAACUUACUUGACACAGGGUUAUUGUGCCCUUCUCUCUUCUCAUGUGAGAUGGGCACAGUGGCUCGGUACAAUCCCGUGCCAAGCCAGUUCACUUUAUCUUGCAAAUGAUAGUAAGGAUUCUGGUCAAAUGUAAGAUGGAAAAGGAGAUGGCUUUCUUAAGUGUACAAAUAAUGUGCAUUUUCAUGCUGUUUUGCGUUGUCAAAUUCCUUAGCACAAAAUCCAGUUGGAUCAUGCUGUCAAAUUCUCCAUCGUUGUCCGCGAACCAAAUUUGAAUUUAGGCAGAGUGUAUUAUACAUUGAUGGAAUAAAAAAGACACAACUUGUA